AUGAUUGAUCAGGAACGUUUGGUCAAUUCGUUCUGCGAGUUGGUCAGGAUUGACAGUCCAUCGGACGAAGAGGAAGAAGUUGCCCAGCACCUCACGGGUCGACUGGAGACACUGGGAUUCACGGUAGAACGUGACGCCCACGGUAACUUGAUCGCCUCCGAAGAGGGUGCCGAUCCGCUUAUGCUCUCCGCCCACAUGGAUACGGUAGAGCCGGGUCGGGGCAUCAAGCCCGAGGUUCGGGGUGACCGCGUUGUGUCUGACGGCACCACCAUUCUGGGUGGCGAUUGCAAGGCGGGUGUGGCGGCCAUUCUGGAGGGGUUGGAAAGCAUCGCCCAGGACGGAGGCCUACGGCGGCCGGUCCAGGUGGUGAUGACCAGGGGUGAGGAGAUCGGCUUGGUGGGUGCGGCCAACCUGGACUACUCGAUGAUCCGUUGCCGCGACGCCGUGGUGUUCGAUGGCAACGGCCCAGUGAACACCAUCACCGGCGCCAGCCCGACCUACAUGCGGUUCGACGUUGACAUAACCGGGCGGGGCGCCCACGCGGGUGUUGAGCCAGAAAAAGGCCUCUCGGCCAUUCGCAUCGCGACUGAGAUUAUCAACAACCUGCCGCAGGGCAGGCUGGAUGAGGAAACAACCUUCAACGUGGGUUUGAUCACCGGCGGUACCGUGCGGAACGCAGUGCCGGUGGAGGCAAGCUUCGGCGGUGGCGGAGACAUUGCGGAAGGCGCGGAGAAGUACCGGGACGCCACCAUCAGCGAAGAGAUUGAGAUGAUGUUCCAGAUGUACCUCCUUGACCCCAACGAGGCCAUCGUGCAGCUGGUGACCCAGCAGCUUCGGAACAUGUCGAUGCAGCCGAACAUUCAUCCGUCGGGCGGUGGGACAGACGCCAACGCAAUGCGCCUGAACGGGGUGGAGUGCGUGGUGGUCGGUAUGGCCACCAACGAGAUGCAUACCGUGAACGAGUACGUGGUGAUUCCUGACAUAUUGGCGACGGCCCAGUUCUGCCAGAACAUCCUCACCAUCAACCAGCGGGCGAGGGCCUAG